CUCAGAAAAUAUUAACAAUCAGGAUGUAGAUAAUGACGUUAUGGAUGAUGUUGAAAAUGAAGAUUUAGGUAAUUAUAACAGACAGGAUAACUACCCAGACAAUGAUAUUGUGUAUGGAAACGAUAAAACUAUGGAUGCUGGAUGCUCAGAAAAUAUUAACAAUCAGGGUAUCAAAUCAAUAAUACUACCAGGUAAAGUUAGAACAUGUGGUCGACCGAAAGGCGCAAUUCUGACAACAAUCGGCCUUCGAAGGCCUAGAACUAAAAGAACAUUGGCUCAAAAACCAGAAACAAAAAUCCAAAAGAAGGGAAAUAGGGAUAUAGCUGUCGAUCCAGAUGAACCAACCUAUUGUCUUUGUGUUCAGAUUUCGUACGGAGAGAUGAUAUGUUGCGAUAAUGAUUCAUGUCCAAUAGAAUGGUUUCAUUUUUCUUGUGUUUCAUUAUUAACAAAACCAAAAGGUAAAUGGUUUUGCCCCAGGUGUCGUGGAGAUCGUCCAAAUAAGAUAAAACCUAAAGCCUAAACCUAAAGAUUUAUUAUUUUUUAUUAUUAUUUAUUAUUUAUUAUUUUAUUAUGACUAUCGGUUUCGUAUAGCCGAUUACAGUGAAUUAUUAUUAUAUUAUAAUUACCUAUAAGGAUUAACGAUUUGUCAAUCAUUGACAUUAAAUGUAAAAAUUUAAAUUAAAUAUUUUGUAUGUAUUAACUUACU